AUGGUACAGAUGAAAGUAGCCAAGUGCCCGUCGGAUGCAUUGUCUUUGACGAACUGUUUAAUAGUCAAUGAGAACGAUUUUAGCCCCGAGAGAGUGAAGUAAGUUUUUUGAACCUACAUGUAAGCUGAUGUUGAUGUGACGUGUCUAGAACUUUACCAUUCAAAUCGUAAUUCAAUAUGGUUUAAGAUACUUUGCAAUGCGAGUAAUUAUUGAAGACAAACUGGGAAUUAUGAUUUCUGUUUUUAUUUCUACCAAAUUUAUAUAGGAUGGCUACUUUGCGAUAAGUGGUAAUCUAGAGGGAACUAAAAUUCGAUUCCUCGAAGUGAAAAUGGUGAAAUGCAACCUCAGCUUUUUUUUAGGAAAAAUUUCGUACGAUUUUCUUCGCUUCAGGUUCAGAGCUGGGUAUAUUCUUUUAUACCCCAGAGCUUCUGUAUUUGUACUUUCAUAAGCAAGGACGGUAUUGUAGAUUAGUAACGCAAUGCGAUUAAUUUUGUAACAGAUGUACAAAACUCCUUAAUUUCAAGGCGGAUGCUUAUUUUCGAUUCUGAUUCAUUUUUUAACGACUCAUUGCUUUCAGUUACAGCUUAAAAACUUGAGUCAGUACAUCCAGUUUCUUUGAUUACAGAGGGUAAUUAAAUGUGAUUGGCUCCCCUGGAUUUUUUGGGAAACGUUAAUGACAUUGAUAUUCUGUUUCAAAACAGGAGUUUAGGAGCGAUAGUUUACUAAUUAUUGCCUGCUAGCCUACAUAGAAAAACACGAGAAAAAAACAAAACAACACAAAAUUCAUGAUAAUAUGCCUCAUGGUUUGUAAGCUACACCAGAUCAGUAGAGUUAAGUCAAUAGUAAUAGAGCAUGGGAAAACUUGAUGAGACGUUGUCUGUGCAGAAGUAUUUCCCCUUUAGUACUGUAUGCAAGCUGAACUACUGGAUUGUAGAAAGUAAAGUUUCUUACCUGACCAAAGUGCUGUAUUUGUCUGCUUACCUUUUUUGCAGGCAUGUUGAAGUUCGCACUAAUGCGCCACAGGGUUAUGUCUUUACAAUCAAAGUAUCUGAAGAUAUGUCGCCAGGAUCAGUUGGGUUUAGCCUAGUGCAGGUAACAGAUUGACAUCCCUUCAUCAGUGGGGCAUGAUCAGUGUAUGAAUGUGCUACAAAACAAAACAAAAAAAAGACGGUGCUGUACAUGUACUUUAAAUUCCAGUACAGCGCACAUGUUUACCAUAAAAUUCCGAAAAUAAGCCCCGGGGCUUAUAUUUUUCAAAGGUCCUUUUUGAGGGGCUUAUUUUUUGAGGGGCUUAUAUUUGGAUGGGUUUAUCUACAGAGGGAAAUUUGCGUUUCAAAAUCGAUUGGACUAGCCUUAUAGUUUAAAGUAAAAUUACCGUUUUUGCUUUGUUUUACUUUGUAUUUGAGGGCAAUUUUCCAAGUAUAAGUCCCCAGGGGCUUAUAUUUAGAGGGGCGAUUUAACGAAGGGUUUUUUGCAUUACCGGUUUGGGGGGCUUAUAUUUGGAGGGGCUUGUAUAUGGAGGGGCGAAUUUUACUGUAUUUUGUGGAAAAGGGACAGUGCCAUAAAGAUUUCAGUGUGCCAUCUCAGAAUGGGAAUGUAGCCUACACAAUAGCAAUAGGGAUUCAUUUGCUCACAAAAAAAUUAAUACUAGAGAACUGACAGAUUUAUCAUACAUGUGUCUUUCCCUAUAAAAUUUUGCUCAGAUUGGGGAUGUAUAUGAAGCUUAUAAAUUGUAAUUAAAGAUAUCUAACUUGAAGGAAAUCUGAAUUAAUCAGAAUGAAAUAAAAAAGUAAAAUAAAAAUAAUAAAUAAUGGUAAUAGGACUGAGUGGUUAACAAAAUCAGACGACGGCGGGAGUCCGAUUUGUUUGAUCACGAGUAUGAUUAUAUACAGACUGAAUUGGACGAUACGAAAUUCUGUUAUCAAUUAAUCAUAACUAUAACAAAAUUUGUGAUGUUUUAGCCCUCUUGAAAAUAAAAAACACAAGAAAUUUCAAGAGUUUUCUUGCUAGCAGGUUAAAAAGCCAUUUAAGUGCGCGUGCUAUGGCGCAUACUGUCCAAUAACAUAGGCAUGACAUGUACUGCCCUAUUACACUGUUCUGUCAGUGCUGAAAUCAGGGCAGUUGAUAGCCUAUCAGAUUUGCGAAUUUAAUGGUGUCCGGUAGCCUGGGGCUAGUGGAUUUUGCUAUCGGGCUAUUGAAUUCUGUUCUUUACUUGCCCAACAGGCAAGCGAUGUUUUUUUGAGGAAUUCGAAUAACAGAAGAACUGUGGAAUCAAUUCUGCUCGUCAAAAAGCUUUUGGGCCUAGUUGAAAUGAUGCUGGGGCUAGUUGAACUGAUGCUAGGGCUAGUUGAACUGAUGCUAGGGCUAGUAAAUGCUAGCUUCAGCUUGCUUAAAUGGCAGGCUGUAAAAAUGAUUUUCUUUGCACCCUGAGUAAUAAUAAUAAUUAAUAAUAGUAAUUAAUACAUUAAAUAGAAAAAAAUUGUAUGAUUUUCUGUUUCAGAGAAAAUGGGCUGGUGUGCAGUUGAACAGUGCUGUGGAUGGUUAGUUUAUUUGGGGAAUUAACAGAUAACCUGAAGAUUUUGCAUGUUUCUUUUAUAUUUUAAAUAUGUAUCUUUUUAAUUUGACCGAUAAGGAUAGACAAUUCCAGUUUAGCCAUGGUCGAAUGUCUUUUCAAACUAGGAAAUUUGCGCAUUUGAUAAAUUGAAAAAAACUAAAUGUUGUCUUCAGAAGUUGAUAAAAAGCUUGACGUGUCAAGAUUCUUCUCCACUCUUUAAAUUCACUAGUUAACAUUGUGUACUUUUUGUGUUGCAUUGUAGUUAUUCCCUUUAGGUUUGGAGAGGGAUCAUUCUUGUCAAAUGUGACAGUUGAAGCAGACUUCCUGCAGAAAGCAAGGUAUGUCAAGAAGAGAUUUUUCAGUAAGUCAAGCAGUUCAUUAACAGGACUCAUUAUAAAAUGCUUUGCUCUUAAGGAAUCGGUAAUUUUUUUUAUCUUGGAAGUCUCAGUGCGUUAUUAAUGGCAAAUUUUAGGUGUGGGUUUUUAGGAUGUAAUGUUUAUCCAGCUCAUCAUACUUAGCUUCAGGUACUGUAAGGAAUUAAGCAAACUACAUUUUUCAUUUUGGAUUCCCUAUCUUUGUGUUGUAUAAAUUACCAUUACACUGUGUAUCAUCCUAUCUUAGGGGCAACAAUGAUGCAUAUGACACAAACAAGAUGGCAGAAGAUUUCACGCAUCAGUUUCUGGACCAAGCUUUUUCUGUGGGGCAACAGGUACAGUUGCAGCGCUGGCAACUUUUUUCUGAAAUAAGAGCAUCACAUGUAGAUUUUUUUCAUAUUCUAACACCCUAUCACAUUCAAAAGCAACUAAAGUGGCAUUCCAGAAAGUUGUGAAUAUCCUUACGGGUUUCUAAACUUGGAGAUUUGAGUUAAUUGAAGCACAGUCAUUCAUCUAGGUUUUCGAGUCUCCUGUUGGUUCAAGCUAAAUAUAUUUUAUGUUUAUUUUCCAAUAAAUUGUCAUUUAAGGCAGUUAUUGGUCAAAUGUUUCUGCCUGGUGUGAGGAAUAAUAGUUUGUCAUCAAGCAUGAGUUGGCAGAGUCCUGAUCUAUAUUGUAUGUGAUUUAUCCUCAGUUGCAUGCAAAGGGCUGUGCUACUCUGAGAUUUAUACUUACCUCACAAAUGUUCUUUUAUUUAAUUACUUUUGGGGUAGGCUGUGUUUUCUUUCCAAGACAAGAAGUAUCUUGUGUUUGUAGUAAAGAGCAUGGAAGGUUAGUCACACAAUAAACUAGUAUUAAAUACAUAAACGGUAGAUUGUAAAUUUAUUAGCCUUGUGCAAAUCAUGGAUUAUAAAUUAUCGGUAAUGGGAAACAUUAAGUUAUGUGAUCAUCAAUAAAUAUGCAUGGAAGAAUGACAAUGUUGUUUAAUAAUAUAAGGUUAAAACCUACUUGUUUGUUUGUUUUUUGUAUAAUCCAUUAAUGAUACUUUUCUGAUACAAAUUUGUAUGUUUUUGUCACGUUCUAAAACACUGCCUCAAGGCUGUACAUAAUUAGAUUGAGUAGAUUUCACUCUGUUGCUUUUGUUUCUUUCAAAAUUUUAAUCAUUCCAUUAGUAUAAGUGGUCCACAGUCAAAAAGCUGAAAUUUUAUAUUAGUUUAAUUUAGGUGAAAAAAAAGGAUGACUGGAACAAUUAACCCACACUACAUACUUUGAUUUUGUUUCUUUCUAUCUAGUUAUUGAUGUCAGCCUUCUUGGUGGUGCAAAAGCAAAACCCUCUCAAGGAACAAAUGUAAACUGUUGCUUCUUACCUCUUAAUGAGUUAAAUGGGGUUCAAUGUAAUUAAAAGAUGGCAAACCACUCAGCUUGUACCAUUGAGUUAUAGUUUCACACAGGAGGUUCAUGUACAUAUUGCUGUGUUCAUCCACUAGCUUUCGUCACCUAUUUUCCUUUCGGGCAAAUAGUAAAUUAGGUAAUUGACCAAUCAGAGUGCACUUUACAUUAAUUGUAAUGUUAUAAAUUAACUUGGUUCAUGACCUUCCUAUGCAGUUAUGUGUGCCAGCAGUUUUACUCUCACUGCUCAAUAUUAUGUGCCAUUGCUUUGUGAUUUAUGACUUUGUGUUGAUGCUUUUCUUUCCCUCCUUAUCAUCUCAGCGUUUUGUUGUUUGGUUCCUUAUUUUCCUGUAGGUUUCCAUGGGAAUGAUAACAAGAAAUACCCAGGUUCUGUUUGAACGGGCAGAGGUAAACACUUACAACAAUUCACAGUUGGCAAUGCACAAAAUCUUACAUGAUGUUCUAACUGUUGGUUGUUACUGUAAUUUUUGUUUGUUUGUUUUGUUUUGUCUUGUUUUUUUUUUAUGGUGGUGAGAAAUGUUUGCAUUACUGUAGACCUAGCAAACUGGUUAGCAACCUUUCCUUCUCAAUUGAAUCACAUUUAUGUCUCUCUUUUUCAGGGAUCAGUGCUUAAUCUCACUGGUACUGCAAAGGGGUGAGUAUGGUGUAGUGUACAUGUACUCUUCUCUACUGGGUAAUUGAGUUCUAAAGCUUCCCUGAAAUGUUCCAAAAGUAUUAUACUUGUAUGGCAACUUAAGAUUUAAAGAUGUUAGCUGAUACACUAAAAUGGACAUGAGCCAAGUUGCGAUUUUUUGUCACUUUCCAUCUUAUUAAUUUCACUUUCCAUAAAAUUCCGCAAAUUUUGUUUUAUAGAAAUAAAAUGCCAGAAAAGACCAUUCAGUUCAUUCUGACCAGAAUAUUUGAGGUCAGCUUUGAAGGUGGUCCACUUUGACUAGUCUGGUUAUUUUGGUAGGUCAGACCAAAAUGUCCCUUUCGAUUUGGCAAAACUGUUUACCCCAGUACUGCUCUUCUGUAUCCUGCUGACAAGUACAAAAACCAAAUGUGCAGUGGCUUGGGUUGGGACUGUACAACAGGAAUGUAGGUGAUCCAUGUGGCACAUGGAAUUUUUGAAAUUUCAAACAAAAUUUUUGCUGAAUAGAAAGCACCCUUUGUGUACAAUUAUGUACCGGUCCAGACCAGUCCACUUGUAAAGAGAAUUUUGCUGAUAUCCAGCCAGAUCACUGUAUUCCUUAGUCUCCCUCACAGCCGUUUUUGUCUAGUCACACAAUGAGCACUCUUUUGCGUGACAAGAAUAAAAAGGUUGUGAGGGAGACUAUCUUUUCCUAACAAAAUAGUUGAACCUCUCUACAAUGGCCCCCUUGGGGACAGAAGAAAGUGGCCGUUGUAAAGAGGUGGCUGUUGUUGAGUGGUUUUAAACAAGAGUCAAUGUAUGGAAUUUUUAUUUGCCGUUGUAGAGAGGUGGUCAUUAGCAGAGACGUGACUGUAGUAUAAUCAGCAGUAAAAGAUUUUUGGCAAAAACUAUUGAGAAAGGCUACACUGUAUUUCUCUUUUAAAAAAUAUUCUGUCAAGCUGGCCAGUUCAAAGGUUUAAUAAGCACCUAAACUUACAGUUCAGUUAGGCUGGCCAUAAUAUUACUAUUAUGUUCUUUAAAUUUUAGAAAAGCUGCGACACAGUCCAUCAUCAGCAGAGAUUGGGAUUUCACAAAGCUGGGAAUUGGAGGUCUUGACAAGGUAAUUAAACUGCUGAGCAGUAUGAAAUUAUUUUCUGUGUGUGUUCACAGUCUGGGGCCAUCAUCCUGAAGAUGUGUGGAAGAAAGGGCUCCAACAAACUUCUGAAAAACUGCCUCAUUAUAUGCUUUUGAAACGAAACAAGAUUUUGACAUUACACCAGGAGCAACUAACGUUGUCAUUGCAGACAUCCCCUCAACAUUUUUGUGUCCUACUCCUUUGUAAGACUAAGACUAACUUUUUUAUUCUUUGCUUUCUGCAAUUACAUGUACACAAAAAUUGUACAUGUACUCCUUUGUCUUCAUUUCAUUUAUAUCUAGCCCAAGCUAUUCAAAAGCUGGAUAGCGCUAUCCAUCAAAUCAAGCACUACAGCUGUAUUUAGCAAACCAAUUGUGGUAUACAUGUAUAUUGGAUAGUCGGAGUUUUUAUUAAGUGGAUAGCAGCUGCACUCUCCACCUUUUGAACAACUCAGGCCUGGUUAUGAAAACAUAACAAAAUUUUUUUGUACCCAGUUUUGAAAAUGCAAUUUAACAUCAAUUUCUGUUGAUGCUCUUCUAACCAGGAAUUCUCUAACAUCAUAAGAAGAGCUUUUGCAACACGUCUCUUUCCACCAGAAGUUGUCGACAAGCUAGGUAUAUUAAUUUUUUUCCUUCAAACUAGUUGCAUAGCAGCAUUUCAGUUUUGUCUGUUAUGUGCUCAAUAUCCAUUUUUUUCUUCAAUCAGUUUGAAGGCUCACAGCUGGGUGUGUUUUUUGUAGUACUCUCCAAAGGCAGGGCUAUCAUUAAUGGCCUGUAGCCAGUAUUUUAAGUGGGGUACUACAGUAAAUUCAGCUGGCUACUCUAAGUUUCAAAAGAAGUCAAACGCAACAAGCAUAUUGAGGAUUUUGUGGGAGAAAUAAUGAUUGUAAUUUUGAAGACCAGCUACAUGUCAUUGAAACCAGUAAAGGCUGACUCGAAAGGGAAUCUGGGAAAUUUUUGUUUGUGAAAUCCAGAAUCCUGGUUUUUGGAAUCUACAACGUGGAAUCCUUAAUCCAAGACUGUCUUGGAUUCCCUUACAUUUAGGACAAGCUGACUGAUCUCAAGUGAAUAUCUCUGGUCUUCCAGGGUACCCUAACCCUGUAAAGCAGUGCAGAAUUUUCAUGUAUUAUCCAUGAGUGAUUGGUGACAUGCUAACCUGGUCAUUGUGUAGUGAACUUUUUCAGCCACUGACUAGAAUGGUAAUCAGUUCUAAUUAUAAAUGAACAUCACAAGGACCUGUGAGCACAGCUCUGAUGCAAAUGACCAGUUAACACAAGUAACUUUGAAUGUGUUUAUUAUCUCAUAGGUCUGAGGCAUGUGAAAGGAAUUCUUUUGUUUGGUCCUCCAGGUAUGAUGGAAUAUUCACCAUGCGUGCUGCCACACCACAUUUUAAAAAAUUCAUCCCCUAGAGACAAUAGGGCCAUUUAUACGAGGAAAAAUAAGACGCGUCUUACGUAAGACGCGUCUUAAAUAAGACGCGAACUGUACCAUUUAUACGAGCAUGUCUUAUCUAAUAAGACGCGUCUUCGCUAAGCCGCGUCUUAUUUUAGACGAAAUGUGCCGUUUAUACGGAAAGUUCUCGUCUUAUUUAAGACGCGUCUUAUUUUUCCUCGUAUAAAUGGCCCUAAUGUGUGUAACCAGGGUGGAUGUUGCAGUGAAAAGAUUGACUUGACGCUCUAAGACGUGAUGUUUUAUGGCUACUACCUACUUUAUCUCAAAAAACAGCAACAAGAACAAAAAAAAAAAAGCAGCAGCAACAAUGACAACAACAUUAACAUUAUGGAAAGAACACUUUUAGGGAAAUUAGGCCUUGAACUGGACCAAAGAAAACGUUUGCUAGAAAGUUCACAUUUCCUUUUAUAAAAUCAGAAGAAAUAAAUGGUACCACGCAAAAGCUCUGGCAAAAAGAUUUCAUUUUAAAGGUAGCACGGGAUUUUGUCCACAGAUUUACAAGUUAGAGUGAAAAAAGUCUCUCCAUAACGUGUUCUAGGAGUGAAAGGUUUAAGGUAUUGUUUUUUUCAGGUACUGGUAAGACAUUGAUGGCUCGACAAAUUGGAAAGAUGUUAAACACAAGAGAACCCAAAAUAAUCAGUGGACCAGGUACUGAAUUUAAUCAGAAUAUUAGCUCGUGUUUACGUAGCAAGCGUUUCCGCACAAGUUCGUUGAGAAAGUUGGAACGAGAGCGAAACUUUUGGGCAGUACCGAUUUCGUCGGAAACGCUAUCAAAAGAUAUCAAUGUCCGUAUUAAUGUUAUGUAGUAAUCUUACAAUGUAAUUCAUCUAUGCCUUAUAAGUCCUGGAAUUUAUUUUGACCCAUUUGAUGUUCGUUCUGUUCAUUGUUCUUGAAAAUCCCAAUACAACUUUACGUUUUUUUUUUUCAGAGGUGCUGAAUAAAUAUGUUGGAGAGUCUGAAGCAAAUAUCAGGUCGGUCGAGCAACGAGUAUUCAUAAAUUGUUUUACUGAUUUAUUUAAAAAAAGGUUUACGGCGUUUGUACGUAGAUGGGAUAUGCUCUGUCGUGAAGGAAGCUUCUUGCUUUAAAUAAUCUUCUUUUCAUGUACCCUAUGCUGCUGAUAAUAAAUAACUUUAUAUUUUUAUUCACCAUGCCAGAAUUUUUGUUAGUUUUUAUCUUCCAUUGCUCCUCACUUGUGAUCAUCGUGAAUACUAGAACAUCAUGAUGAGUACUUCAUACGCGAAUUUACCCUUUUUUACCAUUCUCCAUUUUAGAAAGUUAUUUGCCGAAGCAGAAGAAGAGCAGAGAAAGGUUUGU